AUGUCGCCUUUAGACGACCUGCCCAAUGUGGAAUCUUUCUUCGGAGUAGACCUGAGAACUGGAUCAUUGAUAGUCGCUGUAAUAGGGGUGAUCCAUCCUAUGGUAUACGGAUGUUCCUGCUUUACACCUAUAAGCUACCUCAUCGUUACAAUAUGGAUCCUAGUGGCUCUGUUCUUCGCUGCCAGCAUCGCUUUAUACAGUGGAAUAGUUAAUGACGAUGCCUUACUUUGUGCUAUAUGGAUUUGGUAUGCACUGAUAUUCGUAGUGAUUAUGCUGAUGAUGAUGAUUAUGCUGGCUCUGCUGUUCACCUCUCGGAGACAGAGGAGUAGAGUCUUCAUCGCGAUAUUGGGAAUGCUUUGGUAUAUCUUAACAAUCUACUUCAUAUUGGUGGUAAAUAGUUAUCGCAAAACUAUUAAUAAUAAGGAAGGAAUGAUAGUUUUGAUGACAACGUCAUCAACACCAUCACCAACAACAACAACAGACCAACCUGACCAGUUAAAUAAACCAGAUAUUGAUAAAGAUCAUAAAUAUGCAGUAGAUAACAGCGUGGAUACUAAAGCUGUAUGCAUUGUGCAUCACCAGAUCAGUGCACGUCUUACAAUCCUUAUAAUAGAGGAUCUCUACGGCAAAGCUUAA